CCUCUGUUCUUCGCCAGACCCCAGAAGGGAAAGUCGAAGUGUCUACAGCGCCCAGUUAUAAUCCAGGUUGAGGAACAGCUAUUUUUCAGCUUUUCUGGAGGAAUGCAAAGUUCUCUUUCCUUAAGACAAAUGAGCGUUCCAAAAGGUUUGGGCUACCUGACCAUUAUGGCACCAAGAAACCUCUUGUAUAUGAGAAGUAACUUUCUUUUUGGUUCAAGAUGUUGGAUGAUCCGAUUUUCAGCAGAAAUCCUCUUUAAAUCAGUUUCAUUUAGGCUUUUCGGUAUGAAAUGUGAUCAUGCAGACAGUGAACCUUUGGAAAAUGAAGAACUGCUGAAUAACUUACUUACUAUGGGAGUAGAUGUUGACAUGGCAAGGAAAAGACAGCCUGGAGUUUUUAAUAGGACAGGUACUAAUGAGCAGAACCUGAAGACAUUCCUUCUGUCUAAAGGAGCUAGCAAAGAAGUGAUUGCUAGCAUCAUAUCAAGAUAUCCACGAGCCAUGACACGCACACCUGAAAGUCUUUCAAAUAGGUGGGAUCUGUGGAGAAGAAUUGUGACAUCAGACCUUGAAAUUGUAGCUAUUUUGGAACGUUCUCCUGAAUCUUUUUUUCGGUCCAGUAACAACCUGAACUUAGAGAAAAAUAUGGAGUUCCUCUACUCAGUUGGAUUGACCCGUAAAUGCCUUUGUCGAUUGUUGACCAAUGCCCCGCGUACCUUCUCCAAUAGUCUUGAUCUGAAUAAACAGAUGGUUGAAUUUUUGCAAGGAGUCUCUUUGUCUUUGGGUCACAAUGAUCCCACAGGUUUUGUCAAGAAGAUAAUUUUUAAAAACCCUUUCAUCUUAAUUCAGAGCACCAAACGGGUAAAAACUAAUAUUGAAUUUUUACAGUCAGCUUUCAACUUGAACAAUGAGCAGGUGCUUGUUUUGAUAUGUGGUCCAGGAGCUAAAAUCCUAGACCUUUCCAAUGAUUGUAUGAGAAGAAACUACACAAAUAUCAAAGAAAGACUGUUCUCUCUUGGGUGUACUGCAGAAGAGAUACGGAAGUUUGUUUUAAGCUGUCCAGAUGUGAUCUUCUUGGGACAGAAAAAGUUUAGUGAUAAAAUAGACUGCCUCAUAGAAGAAAAAAUUAGCAUUUCACAAAUAAUUGAAAAUCCUCAGAUUUUGGAUUCAAGCAUAAGCACUUUAAAAAGUCGAAUCAAAGAAUUGGUAAAUGCUGGCUAUAACUUGAGUACAUCAAACAUCAGUCUUCUGUCUUGGAGUCAAAAAAGAUAUAAUGCUAAAUUGAAAAAGUUAAACACUGGACAGAAUGUUGUUCUGGGGAAUUAAGCAAAAGUCAGUCUUAUAAUGUAGUGACAUAAUUUCAUUUUGAAUUUGGACCUUUCAAAAAGGAGGUUUGUUUUCUUAACCACAUAUAUGUAUAUAAUGUUUCUUUGGAUAUUUUAGUUUAAAGGUUCAUAAAAACUCAUGGUCAUUAUGCCCUAGUAUAGUCUUCCCAGCUACCUUUUCUGUAGUUUGAAUUAGUACAACACCCAAUUUUAUGAUGUAGGCUGUGGCUUUUGUAUGAAUGGUAGUUGCUGAGUGCUAUGGCAGAACAGUGUGUGAAAAGAAAGGACAAAAUAAGCUUUUUUGGUUUCUGUUCAGAUUUGAAAAUUGACAGAUUCAUUUAGAUAGUUCUAUUUCCUAUCAUGGUUUUGAAUGGCAACCUAUUUCUCCUAUUAUUCCAUGUAUCUAAUUAUGGUUCAUCUUCAAAAUAGAAUGUCAGUAAAAAUAUUACAACAAAAAGGAGGAAUUUUUCAUCCCAAAUUCUACGUACUCUGUUUAAACCAUUAAUAUGCCCCACCACUCCUCCAGUUUAGGCUCAAUUUAGUAUGGGUAUAUCCUGAUUUCUUUGAAGAUAAGGGCAACUGUGAUAGGCAGAAUAAUGGUUACCCAAAGAUAUCAAUGUCUUAAUUCCCAGAACCUGUGGAUAUAUUUCGUUACAUUAUAAAAGGACUUUGCAGGGCUUCCCUGGUGGCGCAGUGGUUGAGAGUCUGCCUGCCAGUGCAGGGGACACGGGUUCGAGCCCUGGUCUGGGAAGAGCCCACAUGCCGCGGAGCAGCUGGGCCCGUGAGCCACAAUUACUGAGCCUGCGCGUCUGGAGCCUGUGCUCCGCAACAAGAGAGGCCGCGAUAGUGAGAGGCCCGCGCACCGCAGUGAAGAGUGGCCCCCGAUCGCCGCAACUAGAGAAAGCCCUCGCGUAGAAACGAAGACCCAACACAGCUAUAUAUAAAUAAAUAAAUAAAUAAAUAAAUAAAUAAAUAAAUAAAUAAAUAAAUAAAUAAAAAAAAAGGACUUUGCAGAUGUGAUUAAGUUAAGGACCUUAAGUUGAGGUCCUGAGUUGGGGAGGUUAUGCUGGAUUAUCUGGGUGGGCCCAGUAUAAUCAUAAGGGUCCUUAAAAGUGGAAGAGGGAGGUAAAAGAAGAGGUCAGAGUGAUGCAAUGUAAGAAGGACUUGACCCACUUUUACUGGCUUUGAAGGAGGAAGGGGACAUCAACCAAGGAAUGCAGGUAGCCUCUAGAAAAUGGAAAAGGCAAGGAAGCAUUCCUCCCUAGUGCCUCAGAAAGGAACGCAGCCGUGCUGAGAGCUUGAAUUUAGUCCAUGAGACCCAUGUCAAACUUCAGACCUACAGAACCAAAAGAUAAUAAACUGGUGUUGUUUUAAGCCACUGAAUUUGUGAUAAUUUGUUACAGCAGCAAACAGACUAAUAUAACAACUAAAUAGAUGAUUAGUUGCAUUUUAGGUGAAGAAGUGUACCUUUAGUAUAGUAUCUGUAUUUCUUCCUCUUAUACUUUUUUUAUCCAUGUAACUUUCUGAAAUGGCUAAUAAGUUAGUGUUUGUAGAUUCCUCUAAAUGUAUGGAUAAAAAACUAAAUGUAAGUAAUAAAAUCUAAAUAAAGGAAUACUUUUGCCUAAUGAGUGUAAAGAAAUAAUGAUGGUUUCUGUAUAUUUAUAUUUUGUUGGUGUUUCUAUUAAUACAAAGAACCAAGAAUUUUUAGAGGCAUUGACUUAAAAAAUGACAAACAGAUGACAUCUGUAUCUUCAAGACAUUCACCGUCUAGCUCUCACAUAAACUGAAAGAGAAGGAACAAAUUAUAUGACCUUAAUUACUUUUAAUUGCUUUCCAGAGACAUUAGUUUUCUAGAUGUGGAUUUUGAAUUAAGUAACAAUGACGCUAACCUUUUAAGCCUUUUUUUUUCUUUUAUUGA